CUUGCCAGUUUUGCGCAAGCACAUGCGAUUAGACACCGCUUAUAUCACUAAUCGUCCAAAUUUGAUGUCCUUGUUGGCCAAAAUUGUUUCCAUUCCUAUUAGCACUGCAGAUGUAGAGAGGGGAUUCUCUAUUUACUCAGUUAUCAGAGAGCCACGAAGAAGCCGUACCAUUAUGAAGAACAUGAACAAUUAUUUAAGGAUUGCUAUAAGUGGACCGGACAAGUUGUCACCAUACGAAUUUCUUGACUAU